GUACGUGUGUGUGUGUACCUCCAUGUGCGUAUAUGUGCACCAUUAACCCCAUGUACACUUCUUCAGGUUGUGGACCAGGAUGACGAGGAGGGCAUGGUCAGUUUCCUGGGGGGGUCGUCACCGCCUACCUCCACGCCCCCCCAGCCCCGCCCCAGGUCCCCCUCCUCCCCAGCAUGCCUCAGAACACCCCGGGGAGGCUCAAGACGUGUGUCCCUCAUCCCAGGGGAGGCGCUCGAAAACCCCACUACCAGUCUUGCCCUUGCCUCGCUUCUACAUGCGCAAGAGUCUGGGGGUAUGGGAGCCAUGGAUCACUCCCCUACCUUCCCCCAGUCCCUCCUCCCCCAGGGCGAUAUAGAGAGACCAAAACCCCGGGUGAUGAAGGCUAAGACCACGGAGGAAGUGGGGGACCAUGGGGCUGCCGACGUGGGGGAAGCUGCAACUGCAAAUUCGUCCCCAGUAAGGAUGAAGAGUAACCAGCGUUGGCUCAAGCUUCGCACCACCGUUCAACUUUCGGGCGCUCUCUCCUCGUCUAUGAACAAGUCGAAACCGCCGCUUAAGAGAGAGGACUCCUUCAUCAAGCGAUUCUCAACCAGGCAGAUCGCGGAGAUACAGGACACGGUUGACCAGACGGACGAGGAGGACAUCAGCAAAACCUCCACCGGCUCCCCGAAGGUUAGAAAGAAGAAGAAGAAGCGUCAACCGAGAACAGUCAUCAACCCUUACGGCAAUGUCUAUUUUUAUUGGCUGUGUAGUCUGACCAUCUGUGUCUUGUACAACCUGUGGACGCCUAUAGUUCGACAGGCCUUCCCGGAGCUCCAGCGGUCACCUCAGCCUAUGUGGUACCUCUUGGACGGGCUGACAGACAUCAUCUUCGUGGUGGACAUCCUUGUACAGUUCCGGACGGGUUACCUGGAGCAGGGACUAAUCGUGUAUGACUUCAAGAAACUCGCUAGACAUUACAUGCAGUCCAGAAGCUUCAUGCUCGACCUGGUGUCUCUGUUCCCACUCGAUUUUCUGCAGCUCCUGAUCGGAGCGCACCCCAUCAUUAGGUUCCCGCGGUUCGUCAAAGUGUAUCGCGUCUACAACUAUUACUACAUGGUGGAAUCCAGGACUCUAUACCCCAACAUGUGGCGUGUGGUCAAUCUUAUCCACAUUCUGCUCCUCCUUGCACAUUGGUUCGGCUGUUUCUAUUACAUGCUUAGCGAGGCGGAACACUUCAGAGGCGACUGGACCUACCCCUAUCACCAUG